AUGCUGUUGCAGUGGUGCACCCUUGAGCCUUCGGGCACGGCAAAUUUGGCUGCCAUACGCUUCUCCUCGCCGGUGCGCGUCCAGAACAUCAGGAUAUUCCCCACAGACACGCAGCCGUUUGUGCAGCACCCAGAUAUUGUCAGUCGCACAGAACCCGAAGCGUUCUACUUGGAGCUCUACUUUAACGCAUACCGCGUUGCAACACCGAAUAGCAAGGAGAAACCAAAACCUACCAAUGUGCUCGUGCCCACCGUGCUUGCGUACACCGGAGGACAAAUGGACUUUUCUGUCCCAAUGGCUGCCGAGUAUGCAACACGUCUAAUGAUUGUGAGAGGGAACUACGAGUAUGUUUCCUUGGCUAUUUACGGCGAAAUUAUGGCAGAACUGCCUUCACCUCCAACGACAUACGAACCGCGGCCAUUACCCACACUUGAACCGAUCCCUCUAACGCGGGCACUCGACCCUUCCAACUCGCUUGACCCCUCUGCCCUCGCACGACAGCUGCUUAGUCUCAUACCUGACGCGCCGCCCCUGCCUUUGGCUAUUCGUCUUGUUUUUUGUCUUAAGCCCCCCAGCGAUGACUGGGACCUUCCUGACUUCCCGUACCUACAUCCGGAUCUUGACAAUGAGACAGAGGACUUCGAUCUAGAGAAGGCAUUCAGAUUGACGACUAGACCAGUGCCCGACGAUGUAUCAGACGCAACCCUUCUUCGCUUCGCCGAGAACGUAACCCGGUCCGUCAGAUCCAAGAACAGCAACCAGCCAUACCUUGUAGCAGGUAUCUUGGCUCAUGCAGCGUCUCAACAUCCGAACAUGGCAAGAUUACUCUUGGAAAGCCUCGACCUUACGAGAGUGUUUGACAUGGGCAACCUGCGUGACGAGAUGACUCUGAUCAGGUUGCGAGAUGCUGCGACUAACCCAGAUAUCGCGCGCUAUUUGAACAACGAGUGGUUUCUAGGCCUGGUCAGCGCAAUCUCCAAAGACGUGAACACUGGCAAGGAGACACAAUUAGCUGCUAGCAAGCUCAUUUUGCGUGUGGAAGCUUGGGCGGUCUUCGAGGAUGCUCUCUCAAAUACACAGGGCGAUCUCACUGCCGCGGCCACCUUCAUCAGGGAGGUAGGCACAGAGGAGCAAUCAUUAGGCGUCUGGCUAGAAUCCAUGGUCACCCAUGAGGAUGUGGUCAACGCGCUUGCGGAGAACCCUAACAUGCCGAUUCCGUUACCGCACCCUCCUUAUCUCUUCGGGCCGCUGAAGUCGGUGAUCCAUGAUGGCUUCAUUGCGUUCUUGAGAGCUGUUAUAGGUGUCGCUGCUGUCCUCGCAGUGUAUGCGUUCGCGGAUGCAUAUCCUCAUAAGGUGUGUCGGGAGCGCGCCUUGAGCAUAAUCCGGCUGUGGCAAGGCGUCGACGGCUACAGGGAGAUCGUCAACCACUUCUUGCUCCUCAAACAGAUGAUUUUCCGGCUCGACUGCAUGAUGGAUAACGACCCCCCUCGGCGUGCAGGCCUUGAUGCAGAGCAUGUCCUCGUUAACCUUGCAAAGAGCCCACGCGCGAUGCUGCAGCCGGACUUAAUCAAGUGCAUACUGUCUCUUAGGCCGCCUCACUCUUUCAUCACUUCCGACGAACGCGUUGCCAUGCGGCAGGCAGCCAUAGUUGCCGACGACGGCUUGCCGGGAGCGGUUGAAGAAUUGUUGCGGCCGCUCGAGCGACCACUGACAUUGACAAAUAUGCGUUCGUUGCGCGUUGCGCUCGCUGUCAUUGACCAGGAGCUGGGCGACCAGGACGAGCAAGGGGAGUACCGCGUGCUCCAGGACUUCUGGACAGAGGGCUCCAUCUCGCUCAUCGCUCGCCUCGUCGAUCUAUUCAUACCGGUAUCCGAAGAGAUCAAGACCCAUUUCAGUCUGAAACCCCCAGAGCGCAAGCCACAGGAGCUGAUGACCGAGCUCUUUCGUACCGCGAACGAGCUGCUCGAGCUGCUUCUCAGGCUCUACCCCACAUACCUCCUCGCUAGCCGCGCUGUGUCUGAUUUAGCGGCCAGUGUUGCGGACCUCUUCGUGUGCACAGAUGCGGCGGACAUGUUGUUUGCGCAGUCAAGCCCGCCAUGCGUCGCGGCGCAGGAAACAAGACAGGCCUGCAUAGACGUCAUUCGCGCGAUCGGUAAUCCCUUUCCUACUGCAGAAGGCGGCAGGCCCGGCGCGGAAGUAGUCCUUCGAGAGCUCCUGGAACACGGCCUGCGCAGUGAAGACCGCGACCCGGUCCACCAUCUCCUGCAGGUCUUCUGCCUCGUCGACUACCUUCUGCCCAUGCCAGGCACGGAUGUCAGCCGACACUCGGUCUGGACGCAGCGGGUGAUGCCGCUGCUGCUCCGCGAGCUGUGGGCGUUCUGCAGAGUACUAGACACGGAGAACAAGGCACAUUUCGUGAAGCGGUUGAUCGACCUCGACCAAGGCGUGGCGGGCAUUGGCGAGUGGCUCCUACUCGGGGAACUGAAGGAGCUCCAGCAUGCGCUGCAAGAAAUAGAAGACCCUAGCACACGAAUACAAGAGCGCGCGAUCCGGCAUUCGCAAGUCUUCCUGUCCCUGCGUUUUCUCCUCGAGCUGGCCAGCGGCUCGUCGCGCGCAUCAACGGUCUUCGUGGAGUGUGUGAUCGGGUUGGAAGAGGCCACAGCAGCCUUUGUCUCAUGUUUCAUGUUGAUGUUUGACCAGCACCUCACGUCUUCUGUACUUACAGAGUUGGCGCAGCUUCUAGCACACUACAGUGACAAGAUGGGACUGGACUUGCAUUGCGCUAUCGCCCUUACCCUCCUGCGCUCCGGCCGAGAACCCAAUAUCCCUACCCCAGUCCUGUCAAACAUACUCACUCAGUGUUUGUCCCUUCUCGCAGCAACAGAACUCACACAAGCGACAACAGACAAGUUUCGGCUAGAACUUGGUCGCUUGUUCGAUCACCUUCAUAACCUAGCACAAACACUACAAGCCGCUACUGCGGAGAGUUGUGUUGCCCUCCUUGAAUGGCUUUGCAGGACAGCAGCUCCAGCUGGAGCAGCCGUCAAUUUGGUCGGUAUCACGGAAGCUUCGUACAUGAAUUUCUGUGAUCAACUUCGUUCCGUCCUGUCCGAAGACUGGAUGGGUCGGCUUGACGCUGUUAAGAGCAAGAUAAAUAUCUCGAUAGAGGAAACCCCCGGCGUGAAUCCUCCGAAACCCCUCCCAGAUUCCGUCAAGCUCACGAUACGUGAUCUCGAGGAACUUCUCCAACCAGCGAUACCCGUGCCGUCGACGCCACCUCGGCGGACACUCAACCAGGACGCCCUCGGGCUCGUCACUAUAUCACCACCCGCCCUCAUCCGCUCGCCGGCCUCCACCGGUCUCACUAAAACGUACAACAACAAUGACUUCCGGCAGCUGCGCCAGAUACCAGCGGCCAGACAAAACACAAGCCGGCUCCCAAGUAUGCAUGUAGACGUAGGUGUAGCGGUGGUCGCUUGA